AGUUGAAAUUGUAGAUGGCACGGGGAUCGUACGUCGAGAUAGUGAAAAAUAAGUGUUUUUGUGAAAAAUCGUGUUUAUUUUGUGAGUUGAGAAAUUCUUUGUGAAAAAGUGAAGAAAAACUGUGGUCAGAGGUGCCACAGAGGCGGUGAGGAUCUCUCUGUGACGGUGGAAUGUCCGCUUCACUGGAGGAGAUUCUGCACGGUGUGCGAAAGCGGAGGGAAGAGAGGGCUCACGAGAAGAGACGUGAUGAGGCUGCUGUAGCCAUUCAGGCUCUAAUCCGAGGCUGGCUCACACGACGAAGAGUUACACGGAGGCUCCUGACAGAAUUUGAUGACUUCUUCCCAGCAGUCGGAGAUGACGGCACAUCAGAAGUUCGUAUUGAACUCCGGGGUUGCUUCCAGGUGUACAGUGUUGCCUCUCGCUUUCUGGCACGUCUCAAGGAUGAUGAUUCGCAUCAUAGGGAACGUCUGGAGAGACUCUGUCGCUAUCUGGUGGCUUCCCUGGAAUCAGAUUCCCCAAAGACUAGCUAUAUUGGUGUUGCCUUGAACAAGGAACAUAGCCUGUCUUGGAUAAAGCACGUGAAACUCUUAUUGCACAAGUGCUGUGUGUGCAUGGAAAUGCUGAAGCCUGAGAAGCACUCGGAGAGUAUCUCUCUAGCCCUCUACCUUCAUACUCUUGUUGCAUUCACCUGUCCCAAUAACUGGGCCAUUUUGCGCAAUAAAGCCCUGGCCGGACUGAAACCUGGCAUGCAGCAGCUUUGCAGCAAUAUUCUGGGUGGACUGAUCCAGAAGGGAUUCUUCAUAUCUCUGAGAAAUGUGCUGAUUCGAGGAACUUGCAAAAGUCAAGUUACCCUCAAGCCCAUUUCUCUCACAGCCCUUCUUACCCUGUCGACACGACCCCUUGUCACGGGCAGCUUCAGUGAGAAUCUUUUGACUAUGUUCCUCAUUCACAUACUCUCAGUGCCCGCCCUUGUGGCUACUGUUGAGGGGCACAUUCCGGAGUUUAUGAGUCAGUUGCAAACAUUGAAAAUUCUCCAAUUGAGUGUGGAUUUGUUGGGUGGAGAAGUGUCCAUGCGUGUUAUCACGAAUAGCAUCCAGGGUACACAGACACUGGCUCUUUUAGCCAAUCUGGUGCAUCUGUUUCAUGUGGAACCAUUGCCAAUUGCCACAGAAAUGGCUUUUCCGUCAUUUACUCUUGUUGCCACGAAGCUCUUGCAGAGCAUACCGGCUUCUGUGGGACCUAAAAGUGGUGCUUUUACACAAUGGCAUGAACUUUUGGGAUGGUUUUCACCAGCUGGUCAGGAUGUGGCAACAGCCACGGAGAAUUUGCCGGCUAUUAAAAGGCAAAUUCAUCUGCUGUGGAGUCAUAGAUCGGUUAAAAUCUUCCUUGGGGACAAUCUCAAGGCUCUAACGGCCACAUGCGACAAGGCUGAUAUCUAUGUGCCACAGCCAGCGAGUAAUUCCAGCCUCCUGAAACGAGCACUUGAACGAACGGCUAGCAAGGGAUCAGCUCAGGCGAAAUCUUGGCGUAAACUUGGGUCUUCUGAAGUUACUCGUAUCUCCCUCGUGGCUGCUAUGUACAAUGCUGCUCUGAGCACACUGGCACAGCUUAAGCUGGACAUUCUGUCUGGACUCUGCUACACAGAUGCCGUGUUGCAUGAUCUGUGGCUGCUAGUGGCAUCUCUUGGUCCAAUUUGUGGUCUAAAGUCCUUUCUGGAACUCCUGCAAGUUGGCGGAGGAACAUCUUUGGCACCUCCGCUACUUCUUAUUCUUCUUUUCUGUGACUGCAUGACUCACUAUGUUACAAUUCUCGACGACAUUGAGAUGUAUGAGCAGCAAACGCCCUUUCAACUCUCCGACUUCGUGGCACUCUCGUACUUCCUCAAUAACUUCCUAUAUCGCGCCAUCCAGGAGGGACUAUUUGAUCCCAAGACUCUCACGUCCUCGCCACUGUUUGUGUCCACUCAUACUCUACUUCUGUGCCUGUAUCGACGUGACUGUAGGCGUGCCUUUGCACCUCAGAAUCACUGGCUUAUCCAUGAAAUUCGACCGGCUCAUUUUGUGAGUGACCUAGAAAAGGGUAAGAAGCACACACAGGUGCUGUUGCAGAAGAUGCCACAUGUCAUUCCGCAUGAGGAUCGAGUGAAGCUGUUCCGAAAGUAUGUGCAGAAUGAGAAAGCCGUGCUGGGACUGACAGAAUCAGCAUGUGCUGCUCAGAGUUCAGCCCUUAUCACCAUUCAUCGGGAUAGAAUUGUCGAGGAUGGCUAUCGACAGCUUGCAUUGCCACCUCAUAGUCUCAAAGGGGUUAUCCGUGUGAGAUUUAUCAAUCAGCAGGGUCUCGAUGAGGCGGGAAUCGAUCAAGAUGGAGUAUUUAAGGAAUUUCUCGAAGAAACAAUCAAACGUGUCUUUGAUCCAGCACUCAAUCUUUUCCGCACUACAACGGAUCAGCGGCUGUAUCCUUCGCCCACGUCCCAUCUACAGGAAAAUCAUCUGCAAUUGUUUGAAUUUGUUGGACGAAUGCUGGGUAAAGCAGUAUACGAAGGUUUUUUGGUGGAAGUACCGUUUGCUUCGUUCUUCCUUUCGCAAUUGCUGGGGCAGACGCAUCAGGCAUUGUACAGUUGUAUGGAUGAAUUACCAUCCUUGGACAAGGAACUCUAUCGCAGUUUGACUUUCAUCAAACACUAUCAGGGCGAUGUUUCCGAGCUCGAUUUAACAUUUUCAGUGGACGAGGAUGUGAUGGGAAAGAUCGUGACCCAUGAAUUGCAUCCAGGAGGAAGAAUACGACCAGUGACCAACGAUAAUAGAAUCAACUAUAUCCACUAUAUGGCCUAUUUUCGGAUGCAUACGCAAAUCAAAGAGCAAACAGCAGCCUUCAUUCGUGGCUUUCGGAGUAUAGUCAAUCCCGAAUGGUUGUCACUCUUUUCGACACCUGAACUUCAGCGUUUGAUAUCAGGUGAUACGGCACCGCUUGAUCUUAAAGAUCUCCGGAAGCACACACAAUACUAUGGUGGAUUUCACGAUUCGCACAAAGUUGUUGGAUGGCUUUGGGAUAUUUUGGCCAGGGACUUCACUGAAGAGGAACGAAAGCUCUUUUUGAAGUUCGUCACAUCAUGUUCAAAGCCGCCACUAUUGGGGUUUGCCCACCUAGAGCCACCCUUUUCGAUACGCUGUGUCGAGGUUGGUGAUGAUGAAGAUACUGGAGACACUAUUGGCAGUGUUAUACGGGGAUUUUUUACGAUAAGAAAGAGAGAUCCACUCAAUCGACUGCCAACAUCAUCGACAUGCUUCAAUCUCCUCAAGUUGCCGAAUUAUCAGAAAAAGAGUACCUUGAGGGAGAAACUACGGUAUGCAGUGUCUAGCAAUACGGGCUUUGAAUUGUCGUAAAAGGGGGAGUGCAAAACUAUUUGACUCUUGGUGUGUGUUUUUCCUCCAAAGUCACCCAAAUAUAGUGAUUCAUGUAGUGAUUUUCACCUGAAUGUCCAUUUAUAAUCGUCUGUUUUCUCCGUGAUUUUCGUUGAAUGUUGAACUGUGAUAGGCAUCCCAUGAAGAAAUAUUAAAACUAGAUAUCCAAUUAAAUGUGGGAGAUAUAUGAAAAAAGAAAUGUAUAGAUAGAAUGAUUAUAUUUGUACAGAAAAAUA